CUCUUUUCCAUCUUUCAUCAUCUGCUAUGUCGGCAAAGGCUAUUCGAGAAUACGACGGAAAGCUUUUGCUCGCUUAUCACCUUUUGCGCUCACCUACCGUGGCUGCAUCUGGAGAUAGCAAGAGUCUUUUUGCUCCCCCUGCUACCAAGUUGGCUCAUAUCAAUGUUGAUACUGCUAUUCUUUACAAGCAAGGUCAAGCUGCCUUUGACAAUGCUCUCAAGCAGCAACUCGACAACCUCGAGGUCACCCACCCAUGGCUCCUCACUGAGAAGUUGGUCGCUAAGCCAGAUCAACUUAUCAAGCGCCGUGGUAAGGCCGGUCUUCUUUCCUUGAACAAGGACUGGGCCACCUCCAGACGCUGGAUCGAAGAAAGAGCUGGAAAGGAAGUCCAGGUUGAGAAGACUGCCGGUUUCCUCAAGACCUUCUUGGUUGAACCCUUCGUUCCCCAUCCUUCUGACACUGAAUACUAUGUCUGUAUCAACAGUGAACGUGAAGGUGAUAACAUCCUUUUCACCCACGAAGGUGGUGUUGAAGUUGGUGAUGUUGACGCCAAGGCCAUGAAGCUUCUUAUCAAGGUCAAUGACAGCUUCCCCUCUGCUGAGGCCAUCAAGCAGACUCUUCUCAAGGAUGUUCCUGAAUACAAGCGUGAUGUCUUGGUUGACUUCAUCACUCGUUUGUACUCUGUUUACAUUGAUCUCAACUUCACUUACCUUGAGAUCAACCCUCUGGUCGUCACUGAGCCUACCAACGGUCAAACUCCUCAAGUCUACUAUCUUGAUUUGGCUGCCAAGCUCGAUCAGACUGCUGAAUUCGAGUCCGGUCCCAAGUGGGCUGUUGCUCGUGCUCCUUCCAACAUUGGUCUUAGCGCUUCUGCCUCCGAACAAAACGUUGACCAGGGUCCCCCUAUGGAAUUCCCUGCUCCUUUCGGUCGUGAACUCACCAAGGAGGAAGCAUACAUCCAAGAGUUGGAUGCUAAGACUGGAGCUUCCCUCAAGUUGACUGUCUUGAACAAGGAUGGUCGUAUCUGGACCAUGGUUGCUGGUGGUGGUGCCUCCGUCGUCUACUCUGACGCCAUUGCCGCUCUUGGUUUCGCCCAUGAACUCGCCAACUAUGGUGAAUACUCUGGUGCUCCCACUGAGACUCAAACCUACGAGUACGCCAAGACCAUCUUGGACUUGAUGACUCGCGGUAACGUCAACCCCGAAGGCAAGGUCUUGAUCAUUGGUGGUGGUAUUGCCAACUUCACCAACGUUGCUACCACCUUCAAGGGUAUCAUUCGCGCUCUUACUGAAUUCAAGCACGAUUUGAUCAACCACAAGGUCCGCAUCUUCAUCCGUCGUGGUGGUCCCAACUACCAAGAAGGUCUUCGUGCUAUGCGCCAACUUGGAGAGACUCUCGGUGUUGAUAUCAACGUCUUCGGUCCCGAAACCCAUAUCACCGAAAUCGUUCCCCUUGCUCUUAUUGGCCAACCUUCCGGUUCCAACACCAACCAGCAGUCACUCGGAAACUCCGGUAACUUGUUCCAAGAUCAGAUCUUCGGUAACAACAAUGCCACCAAUGGUCAACAAGCUUCCAAGCUUGCCAUCGCUGAAGAGACUGCCCCCUCCACUCCCGUUGAGCGCACCGUCGAGGAAGAACAACAGAAGAACAACCGUUUCUCUCCUUUCAGCAACAAGACCCGUUCCUUCAUCUAUGGCAUGCAACCUCGUGCCGUCCAAGGUAUGUUGGAUUUCGACUUCAUGUGCAAGCGUGAUGGUCCCUCCGUUGCCGCCAUGGUCUACCCCUUCGGUGGUCCCCACGUCCAGAAGUUCUACUGGGGUACCAAGGAAACUUUGAUUCCUGUCUUCACCUCCCUCAAGGAUGCCGUUGAGAAGUUCCCUGAUGUCGACACCGUUGUCAACUUUGCUUCUUGCCGUUCCGUCUACUCUUCUACCAAUGAAAUCUUCGAGUUCUCUGACAACAUCAAGACCGUCUCUAUCAUUGCUGAAGGUGUUCCUGAACGUCGUGCUCGUCAAAUCUUGCACGAGGCUGAGAAGCGCAAUGUCCUCAUCAUUGGACCUGCUACUGUUGGUGGUAUCAAGCCUGGUUGCUUCAAGAUCGGUAACACUGGUGGUAUGAUGGAUAACAUUGUCGCCUCCAAGCUCUACCGUCCCGGUUCCGUUGCCUAUGUCUCCAAGUCUGGUGGUAUGUCCAACGAAUUGAACAACAUCAUCUCUCGUCACACCGAUGGUGUCUACGAAGGUGUUGCUAUUGGUGGUGAUCGUUACCCUGGUUCCACCUUCAUCGAUCACUUGCUUCGUUAUGAACAAGACCCUAACUGUAAGAUGCUUGUCCUUCUUGGUGAAGUUGGUGGUGUUGAGGAAUACCGUGUUGUUGAGGCUGUCCGCAACGGUACCAUCAAGAAGCCUGUUGUCGCCUGGGCUAUUGGUACUUGCGCCAAGAUGUUCACCACUGAUGUUCAAUUCGGUCACGCUGGUGCUCUUGCCAACUCUGAUCUCGAGACUGCUGAUGCUAAGAACAAGGCUAUGCGUGCUGCUGGUAUCAUUGUUCCCGAAACCUUCGAGAAGCUUCCUAUCGUUCUCGAAGAGGCUUACCAAAAGUUGGUUGCCAGCGGUGUCAUCGUUCCCAAUGCUGAGCCUGAGGUUCCCAAGAUCCCCAUUGAUUACUCCUGGGCUCAAGAACUUGGCCUUGUUCGUAAGCCUGCCAGCUUCGUCUCCACCAUCACUGAUGAUCGUGGUCAAGAACUCUUGUACGCUGGUAUGAGAAUCUCUGAUGUCUUCAAGGAGGAUAUUGGUAUUGGUGGUGUCUUGUCUCUCUUGUGGUUCAAGCGCAGACUUCCCGACUAUGCUUGCCGUUUCAUUGAAAUGGUUCUCAUGAUGACUGCCGAUCACGGUCCCGCCGUCUCCGGUGCUAUGACUACCAUUAUCACUACUCGUGCUGGAAAGGACUUGAUUUCUUCCCUCGUCGCUGGUCUCUUGACCAUUGGUGAGCGUUUCGGUGGUGCUCUUGAUGGUGCUGCUCGUGAAUUCACCAAGGCUUAUGACAGUGGUUUGACUCCCCGUGAGUUCGUCACUCAACAGCGUAAGGCUAACAAGUUGAUUCCUGGUAUUGGACACAAGAUCAAGUCUCGCACCAACCCCGAUUUGCGUGUCGAGCUUGUCAAGGACUUUGUCAAGAAGAACUUCCCCUCUACCCCCAUCUUGGACUAUGCCCUCAAGGUCGAAGAAAUCACCACCUCCAAGAAGGACAACUUGAUCUUGAACGUUGACGGUUGUAUUGCUGUCUCUGUUGUCGAUUUGCUCAGAGAGUCUGGUGCCUUCUCUCGUGAGGAGAGCGAGGAAUACUUGCGCAUCGGUACCUUGAACGGUCUUUUCGUCCUUGGUCGUUCCAUUGGUUUCAUUGGUCACCACUUGGAUCAGAAGCGUCUCAAGCAAGGUCUUUACAGACACGGUUGGGAUGAUAUCUCAUACCAAAUCAAGGAUCUCGAGCCUCGUCGUGUUAUGGUCCAGGAGAGCAAGGAUUUGUGAACCUGCACAUAUCAUUCUAGAUUCCGUCGUCGUCGUUCUUUUUUGAGCAAUUAUUUUUCUCUUUUCACUUUAUAAUGUAUAAUACAAAAACAAAGAAUCCAAUAUCAACCCGUCGUGUUUGCACAUGUAGCUUCACUACAACUCACUAUACCCACUAUCGGUUUCUUCGAAACAUCCUCGCAACAAGAGUGCCGAUGCAGCAAAGAGUAAGCCAAACGUGAU